AUGGCUACACAAGGUCAAGUCAUCACUUGCAAAGCGGCGGUGGCCUGGGAACCCAAUAAACCGCUGGUGAUAGAGGACGUGCAGGUGGCGCCGCCACAAGCCGGAGAAGUGAGAGUGAAAGUCCUCUUCACCGCCCUUUGCCACACCGAUGCCUACACGUGGAGCGGCAAGGAUCCUGAAGGUCUCUUCCCAUGUAUUCUUGGUCACGAGGCUGCAGGCAUAGUGGAAAGUGUUGGAGAAGGUGUGACUGAAGUUCAACCAGGAGAUCAUGUCAUCCCUUGCUACCAGGCCGAAUGCAAGGAAUGCAAGUUUUGCAAGUCUGGAAAGACAAAUCUAUGUGGAAAAGUCAGGUUGGCCACUGGGGUUGGUGUCAUGUUGAGCGACCGCAAGAGUCGUUUCUCCAUAAACGGAAGUCCUAUCUACCAUUUCAUGGGAACGUCAACAUUUAGUCAGUACACUGUUGUGCAUGAUGUUAGUGUUGCAAAAAUUGAUCCUGUUGCACCUCUCGACAAAGUGUGUCUGCUUGGCUGUGGUGUUCCAACCGGUCUUGGCGCUGUUUGGAAUACAGCAAAAGUAGAACCAGGUUCCAUUGUUGCAAUUUUUGGGCUUGGCACUGUUGGACUUGCUGUGGCGGAGGGUGCUAAAGCUGCUGGAGCUUCACGAAUCAUCGGAAUAGAUAUUGAUACCAAGAAGUUUGACAUUGCAAAGAAUUUUGGCGUGACUGAAUUUAUCAACCCGAAAGAUCAUGAGAAACCAAUUCAGCAAGUCAUUGUGGAUUCAACCGAUGGUGGAGUUGACUAUAGCUUCGAGUGCAUUGGGAAUGUCUCUAUCAUGCGGUCUGCUUUGGAGUGCUGCCAUAAGGGAUGGGGAACUUCCGUCAUUGUGGGUGUUGCCGCCUCCGGUCAGGAAAUCUCCACACGCCCGUUUCAGCUGGUGACUGGUCGCGUGUGGAAGGGUACUGCUUUUGGUGGUUUCAAGAGCCGAUCACAAGUGCCUUGGCUUGUAGACAAGUAUUUGAAGAAAGAAAUCAAGGUGGAUGAGUAUAUCACGCACAAUCUGACUCUUGCAGACAUAAAUAAGGCGUUUGAUCUGAUGCACGAUGGGUCUUCUUCCCUUCUUCUGCUAGACAUUAAGGCCUCGUUUGUGGACUCGGAUACGAUUGGACAAGUUUUUCUGCAUGGGAUUCAAUUUCACUGUCUGGACUACCAGCUUUGUUUCACUUUGAUAUUGUGUUUGGAUUAUCGUUCCUUCCCGUAUGUGCUGUAUGUGUAUGAUUGA